CCCUUUCUGCUACCAACUGGAGAAAACUCUCUGCUUUUGAAACGUCUCAUGUAAUUAGAUUAGGUUAGGCCUCCAGAUAAUCUUCCUUUUGCCAUAUGAUGUAGCAUAAUCACUUCCGUGAUAUCAUAUUCACAGGGGAGGAGAUUAUACAGGGGCGUGCACCAUUGGGGAUCAUUCUUAGAAUUCUGUAUGAAUUUACCCUUGAAUUAAUUCAAGUAUUGCUGACAAGAAGGUGGAAGGAGCCACAUGACAGGAAUAUGUGCACCUUCCAGAAGCUAAGAGCAGCUCCCAGAUGACAGCCAGCAAGGAAGCAGGAACAUCAUUCCUGCAACUACAAGAAACUGAAUUCUGCCAACAACCUGAAUAGCUUGAAAAAGAUUCUUCCUCAGAGCCUCCAGAAAAGAGCCUAGCACAGCCAACACCUUGAUUUCAGCCUUGUGAAACCUCAAGCAGAGAACCUAGACUUCCAACCUACAGAAAUGGAGCUGUGAUUGGUAUAGACGAUGAGGACGACAGCACCUUCACAAUAACUGUUGAUCAGAAAACCUUCCAUUUCCAGGCUCGUGAUGCUGAUGAGCGAGAGAAGUGGAUCCAUGCCUUAGAAGAAACAAUUCUUCGACAUACUCUCCAGCUUCAAGGUUUGGAUUCAGGAUUUGUUCCUAGUGUCCAGGACUUUGAUAAGAAACUUACAGAAGCUGAUGCUUAUCUACAAAUCUUGAUAGAACAAUUAAAGCUUUUUGAUGACAAGCUUCAAAACUGCAGAGAUGAUGAACAGAGAAAGAAAAUUGAAACUCUCAAAGAGACAACAAAUAACAUGGUAGAAUCAAUUAAACACUGCAUUGUGCUGCUGCAGAUUGCUAAAGACCAGAGUAAUGCGGAGAAGCACGCAGAUGGAAUUAUAAGUACUAUUAAUCCUGUAGAUGCAAUAUAUCAACCUAGUCCCUUGGAACCUGUGAUCAGCACAAUGCCUUCCCAGACUGUCUUACCUCCAGAGCCUGCCCAGUUGUGUAAGUCAGAGCAGCGUCCAUCCUCCCUACCAGUUGGACCUGUGUUAGCUACCCUGGGACAUCAUCAGACUCCAACACCAAAUAGUACAGGCAGUGGGCACUCACCACCUAGUAGCAGUCUAACUUCUCCAAGCCAUGUCAACUUGUCGCCAAAUACAGUCCCAGAGUUCUCUUAUUCUAGCAGUGAGGAUGAAUUCUAUGAUGCUGAUGAAUUCCAUCAAAGUGGCUCAUCCCCAAAGCACUUAAUAGAUUCCUCUGGAUCUGCCUCAGUCUUGACACACAGCAGCUCGGGAAAUAGUCUAAAGCGCCCAGACACCACAGAAUCACUUAAUUCUUCCAUGUCCAAUGGAACAAGUGAUGCUGACCUUUUCGAUUCCCACGAUGAUAGAGAUGAUGAAGGGGAGGCCGGGUCAGUGGAAGAGCACAAGAGCGUGAUCAUGCAUCUGUUGUCCCAGGUUAGGCUUGGAAUGGAUCUUACCAAGGUAGUUCUUCCAACAUUUAUUCUUGAAAGAAGAUCUCUUUUAGAAAUGUAUGCAGACUUUUUUGCACAUCCGGACCUAUUUGUGAGCAUUAGUGACCAAAAGGAUCCCAGGGAUCGAAUGGUUCAGGUUGUGAAGUGGUACCUCUCAGCCUUUCAUGCGGGAAGAAAAGGAUCAGUUGCCAAAAAGCCAUACAACCCCAUUUUGGGUGAGAUCUUUCAGUGUCACUGGACGUUACCAGAUGACACUGAAGAGAACGCAGAGCUAGUUUCGGAAGGACCAGUUCCUGGGGUUUCCAAAAACAGUGUAACAUUUGUGGCUGAACAGGUUUCCCAUCAUCCACCCAUUUCAGCUUUUUAUGCUGAGUGUUUUAACAAGAAGAUACAAUUCAAUGCUCAUAUAUGGACCAAGUCAAAAUUCCUUGGGAUGUCAAUUGGGGUACACAACAUAGGGCAAGGCUGUGUCUCGUGUUUAGACUAUGAUGAACAUUACAUUCUCACGUUCCCCAAUGGUUAUGGAAGGUCUAUCCUCACAGUGCCCUGGGUGGAGCUAGGAGGAGAAUGCAAUAUUAGUUGUUCCAAAACGGGCUAUAGUGCAAAUAUCGUCUUCCACACGAAACCAUUCUAUGGGGGCAAGAAGCACAGAAUUACCGCUGAGAUUUUUUCUCCAAAUGACAAGAAGUCUUUUUGCUCAGUUGAAGGGGAAUGGAAUGGUGUAAUGUACGCAAAAUAUGCAACCGGGGAAAAUACAGUGUUUAUAGAUACCAAGAAGUUGCCUACAAUCAAGAAGAAAGUGAGGAGGUUGGAAGAUCAGAAUGAGUAUGAAUCCCGCUGCCUUUGGAAGGAUGUCACUUUCAACUUAAAAAUCAGAGACAUCGAUGCAGCAACUGAAGCAAAGCACAGGCUUGAAGAAAGACAAAGAGCAGAAGCCCGAGAAAGGAAGGAGAAGGAAAUUCAGUGGGAGACAAGGUUAUUCCAUGAAGAUGGAGAAUGUUGGGUUUACGAUGAACCAUUACUGAAACGUCUUGGUGCUGCCAAGCAUUAGGUUGGGAAGUGUAAAGUUUACAGCUUAUGACCGGGGCAGGAGGCAUAAUUAAGCAACAAACAAUCUUCCUUUGGGAGAAUCUGUUCACUCCCUUCUUAUUGCAGUGGUUCCUAUCUCAGGGAUACUGGACUUUCUGAUGCAGAUGAACAAUUAAAGCAAGAAAAGCUUCCCUUUUUCCUCUUCUGUGGCAGUUGCGAUUUUGACUUCAGUCCUGAGAAAACUUCAGGCUUUGAAAACAAGAUGUUUGAUCCUUCACCAAACCCCACGCUUUGAAAAGCAUUUAUAAACCCCCGUCUCAGACUCUGCACUCUAGUACUGCUGUUGAGAUAUAUGACAUUUCCUAGUUCAUAUAAUCUUGGGUUCUAUAUAUAUACAUAUAUAUACAUAUAAAAUAUACUUGAUGCCAGAUUUUGCAUAAAUACUCCCAUCUACUGUAAAUACUGAUUCCUUUGUUUUAGAAAAUUAGUGCAAUGUAUUAAAAUCAAGUGCUUAGGAAAUUUCAUGGUCUCACCUACAAUAACUUUUAUUUUGGAAUUGAACUGUUAUUAAAUUGUAUCUAACCCUGGACCACAGUUUAAUUAUACUCAGUGCUUCUUAAGGCUUCAUAAAGUAAUUUUUCCAACCUUUUUUUU